AUGGCUCUUCCGGGGGAGCCCACAGUCCGUGACGAGUUAUGGGAAAGAAAACAAACAAACAAUAAUACAAGUUUCUUUCAGGCUGGACCGUUGACUAAAGUGACCAUUUGUAAGGACAAAGAAGGAAAACCUAAGUCUUUUGGAUUUGUCUGCUUUAAGCACACCGAAUCAGUGCCUUACGCAAUAGCUUUGCUGAAUGGAAUCCGUUUGUAUGGAAGACCAAUUAAAGUGCAAUAUCGGCUCGGGAGUUCACACUCUUCAGAAUUAAACAACCCUGCACAUGGUUUUGACAACGCUGUUGACACAUGUUCAUCUUCAUAUAGGUAUCAAGAGCCUUAUGGAAAUCCUCCAUUUCCUAUUCCUCUUUUUCCAGUGAACAAUAAUUUACCUCAAGAAUACUCAGUCUUUCAAAAAAUGAUGAACCAUUUUUUAGGACAGCAGUACACAGUACACAGUCCAGUUGGUCAACAAUUUCCUUUCAAUCAGAUGAUUUCACCACUGUCUUCAAAUUUAUUCAUGCCUUCCUGUCAGAAUCAAGUUGCAAAUUUUAAGCCCGGACAGAAUUCUUUCAAGUGGACCCUGCCACACUCAAGUGAUUCCAAAGGGUACCAGAAUGAUGAAAGCACCCUCAAAAGAAAGAGAGAACAGCUAAGUUGUGACAGUGACAGUUGUAUUGAGAAUGAAAAAAAGAAACAAAGAGAAUGUGAUCAAAAUUACAAGUGCAAAGCCAAGAAGAAAAGCCAUUAA